CAACGCACAGCACAUGGACAUGUUGUGCAUGAAAAUCAGCGCAGGAGAACAGAGCAGUGUACUGUGGUGGGCAGCGCCGCCGUCUUACUCCUGUGUGCUCAACGCGUCCGUUCGUGUGCAGCGACUAGGUCAAGCUUUCAUACUUCCGUCGCUGCUUGGCCGGCCCAAGGCGGUUAGCGAUUCAGUAGAUGGGGUGGCCCAUACCUCGUGCCUGGUGACCGGCGCGCCUCGUUCAAGCCACCGCGGAGGGCCUUGGUACAUAUAUGGAGGGGGCCGCGCGGGGUGCAUGGCUGCGCCGCUGUCCCUCCUUCUCGGUCGUUGGUGACGUCGAUUCUCUGUUGACGUUGACUCUUUUCAAGUGUUUGUUACGUUUGGAACCCUGUCGAUAUUGAACGCUUUGGGGUGAACAUCAUGAAGCUCCUUGCUGCGCUUGUUGUGCCGUUGGUUGGCGCACGGGUUGUGCAGGUGCCCUUCGAUGGACUCAGGGAGGUUGAGGAUACUGCUGUGCCUGCGGUUGGGGUGCACUUUGCAACAUCAUAUGCGACCGCUGCUGCCAAGUACGAGAACGGGACGACGGUCGAUUUGGUCAGGGUCGAGGCAGAUGCAGACUACAUCGAACUCAUGUCCCGCUGGACAAGAUCCUGGAAAGAACCCGACUGUGAGGGCCCGGUCAACCGACUGCGGUGCAACUUGGAGCCGAUACGGCGCGAGGGGAGGCGCAAGAUCGGACUACCCAUCACCCGGGAAUCGGCGACACUGAGCAAGUUUGUUAAAAAGGUGCGCGGCGCUAUCGAGGAAGAACUGGGAGCGUCGGUGAACACCAUCGCGCCCGCUGCACCUCAGCUUGUUGGGUGGGUGUCCUCGGAUUUCCAGGAUGCGUUGGAUCUUGCUGGCUUGACGUCCUCGAGACUCGGCGACAAGCCAACGUACUGGGACACCAACGCGGCUUUCGCCGGGCUGGGCCACGGAUUGUGCGAGUCCAAGACCGACUUUGCCGACUGUGUGGACGAGGAGCGUCAGAUGCCGUACGAGCACGUGCUCUUCCUGGACUUUGACAACUCCUCCUUCAGCGCGAUGGUGCAAUACCUACAGCACGCGGACCAAGAGUGGUCGUACUCCAGCAGGAUUGAUGAGAAUCUCGGAUGGUGGAAUCUGCCAGUCUUCGAGGUGCCGAGAGCACGGUUUUGGGCGCAGAUGCACGAGGUCAUCCUCGAAGUUGCCGGGGCGCUGCAGCGCGCGCCCAACAAGAUCGUCUUGCUCGGAGACCACGGAUCAAACGCCGAGUUCCAGGACGUUGUCAAGGCUGCCAUGUGGGACGUUCUUGAAGUCGACGCCGCCAUGAUGCUGAGCGCCAACGACAACGAGAACACUGCGAUGUUAGCAGCACGGGGUGCAGCGGGGUUCGCAAGGAGAGCAGAGACGUGGAAGAGGUGGAGAAGGCAUGAUGAUGUUGAGAGCAUGGAGCUGUGAGAACGAGACGCUAUUUCCCACGUCAUGAUACCCAAACGUAGUCGUAAUGUGAGAGCAUCCAGCUGUGAGAACAAGACGUUAUUUCCUAUACUAUGACACCCAGAUGUAGUCGUAAUGCUG